GGUACGGACAAGCCAUUUGGGUGCCUUGCCAAGAUGGACAAAGGCCACAAGUAAGGUAGAUAAAUAGACGGAAUAAAAAAGGAAAACAUUGUUAGAAAAACACUGACUUAAGCAUCCGAGUUUCUCCCCGAGGAGCAACGUCGGGAUUUUGCAGACCACUUGGAGAAGAAUCACACCCAAGCAAGAUCUUGAAGGUUUUCAGCAACAACAGAUGGAAGAGGAAAAAAGAAUAUUCAGUGAAGAAUUGGAGAAGCUUGGGAAAGUUAUAGAGGAAGAUUUAGCAAACCAAUACUUUGACGAGGAAAUUCAAAUGCUGAUUUUUCCAAAGGACCUGUCGGUAACUUCAGAUAAGUUUCAACUCAAAGAUAACGAGGCCUUUUGUGGGGAGUCUGGAAUUACUGACAUGUUCAAAGACUCUGAGGAAAAGGAAGAACAGGAGUUCAAAGAACAAUUAAAUAAGCUUGAGGAAGAUUUGAAGAAGGAUGGAACAUUGGAAUUCUUGUCCUUGGAAGACCCUCAACCUGAAAUGUUGGCAGGAAAUGAUUUGGUGAGGCAGGAAUACUGCAACGAGUACGGGCUGCAGCUGCCUGUAAUUGGAGAGCCUCAUCAUGACCCUGCUGGCAUGAAAGGAGGAACCACUGCUGCUGCUGGAUCCUCUGGUGGUCCUGCCAUCCAAUGAAAAGUUUAACUUCACCUUGAUCCCACUUUAAUGUAGUUUCUUAUGGGACAUGUUACAUGGAUGAUGGAGGUUUUAUGGUUAUCUUGUCUUAUAGUAGCCAUGGAUUAUGUUGGUGCAGCUAUCAUCUAGAAUGAUAUGAACCUAAUUACAUGAACACUAAUUAGAUGGUUGUGUUGAAUGGGAUAUUUGCAAUGGAUGUUAAUUAUAUAAACUACAUGUUAUUUA